CGCGCUGCAGGGAAGGCGCCUCCCGGAACAAGCGGCCCGGGCAGAGUCGGGAGGCGCUGGCAGCGGGGACCGCUUCCGGAUACCAGCUUUAGAAUUGCAACCUUGCCAAUGGACCUGAUUGGUUUUGGUUAUGCGGCCCUUGUGACUUUUGGAAGCAUUUUGGGAUAUAAGCGGAGAGGUGGUGUCCCAUCUUUGAUCGCUGGUCUUUUUGUUGGAUUUUUGGCUGGCUAUGGAGCUUACCGAGUCUCAAAUGACAAGCGAGAUGUAAAACUGUCACUGUUUACAGCUUUCUUCCUGGCCACCAUAAUGGGCGUGAGGUAUAAGAGAUCCAAGAAAAUCAUGCCAGCUGGUCUGGUUGCAGGUUUAAGCCUCAUGAUGAUUCUGAGACUUGUCUUACUGCUGCUCUGAAAAUAUGGAGGAACUGAAAACUAAAUUCAUGCGAUUCUGCUGUAACGGGCAGAGCACAUACUUUGUAUUUAAAAGAUAAGCUUCAGGGAUGCCUGGGUGGCUCAGUCGGGUAAGCGUCCAACUGCAGCUCAGGUUGUGAUCUCUCAGUUCGUGAGUUC